AUGCCUGCCAGCAGCACCGAGCCGACGAAGCACAUUACCCUGCACAACUUCCUGAAGCAGCAGCAGCUGCUGCAGCACCGCCUCAAGCCCACUGCCGUGCUCUGGGGCUGGCCGGCGACGCCGCGCCCGGCGCCGGACGACGCGGCGGACGACGCCGACGGCAUGGGCGGCGGGGCGUGGCCGCCGCGCUCGUACACGUGCGCCUUCUGCCGCCGCGAGUUCCGGUCCGCGCAGGCGCUGGGCGGGCACAUGAACGUGCACCGCCGCGACCGCGCCAAGCUGCGCGGCCAGUUCGGCGCCGCGGCCGCGCAGCUGGGCGCGGCGGCUGUCUCCGAGGCGCCCGCCACCGCCGCGGCGACGACCGAGUACGCGCUGCUGUACCCCGUGCUCAACUCCACCGCCGCCGGCGCGCGGGCCGUGUUCAUCCCCAGCGGCGACGUGCUGCUCUCCACGCCCGUGGCAAUGGCGCACGGCCACCGGUGCCAGCAGAGCGACGACGAGAACGACACGGACAUUGACCUGGAGCUGCGCCUCGGGUGGCCGUGA